AUGUUCGCCUGGUUCUGGGGUUCCGACACCAGGCCGCCGGUCCUGCUGAAGCUCAGGAGCUCGAAGACAUUUAUCAUCAUUGUGGUUGCAUCGGCCAUCUUCACAGACAUCUUCGCAUAUGGCAUCGUCGUGCCCGUAUUCCCAUUCGCACUCACCGAGCGAGCCGGUAUCGACCAGAGCGAUAUACAAUCAUGGACCUCGAUCUUCUUGGCUGUAUACGGAGCCGCCCUACUGGUUGCUUCGCCAAUCUUUGGCUGGCUGGCCGAUCGCAUGAAAUCACGACAGAUUCCCUUCAUGAUAGGACUCCUUCUGCUGGGAGCUUCCACGGCUAUGCUCACGGUCGGCGAUAGUAUCGGACUACUCGCAGCUGGUCGAGUUCUGCAAGGAGCCAGUGCUGCUGUCGUUUGGGUCGUUGGUCUGGCUCUGCUUGUCGACACCAUUGGUCCCGAUGAUAUCGGUAGUGCUAUGGGGUACGUGGGACUUUCGAUGAGUCUUGCGAUCCUGCUUGCUCCGCUUCUUGGAGGCGUGGUGUUCCAGUAUGCAGGGUACUAUCAGGUCUAUGCAAUGGCCUUUGGGCUGAUCGUCCUGGACAUUAUCCUGCGAUUCGCGAUGAUCGAGAAGAAGAAUACAAGGCAGUGGUUGCCGGAGCAAUCACCGUCUGCAGAAGAGGCUCUCGAGAGUCGAGAGGAUCGCGCCUCAGCGGAGAUCGAGAAGCAGGCGCCAAAGGAUGGUGCAACUCACGCGGUAGACGAUGUUGGACAGGAGGUGUCAGAACAACCUGCCAUAGAGCGCAAAGCAAGCCAUGCGCCCAGUCACGCCACUUCAUUGAUCCCUGAGCGUGCUCCAGGAUUUGUCAAGGCUGUUGUUGCGCGCCUUCCGCCCGUGGUCUUCCUAUUCGGCUCCAGGAGGGUACUAUGCGCAUUAUGGGCCUGCGUUAUCCAGUCAUCGCUGAUGACCUCCUUCGACUCGACAUUGCCACUGUUCGUCAGAGACACAUUUCACUGGGAUUCGACAGGAGCCGGUCUGGUAUUCCUACCCAUCGUGGUCGCCUCUUUCAUAGGUCCUUUCAUCGGCCGCCUAUCAGACAAAUACGGACCUAGGUGGUUUGCAACAGCUGGCUUCGCGCUCUGCUGUCCAUUCUUGAUCCUUCUGCGGCUGGUCACGCACGAUAGUAUGGGCCAAAAGGUCCUGCUCUGCGCACUGCUUGCGAUCAUCGGCUUUGGACUCACCUUGGCUCUCACCCCCAUCAUGGCAGAAAUCGCAUAUGCCGUGGAAGCGAAAGCACAGCGCCAUCCUCCGGGCUUCUUCGGCAAGAAUGGCGCUUUUGCUCAGGCGUAUGGUCUCUUUAAUAUGGCUUGGGCUGCUGGUGCUAUGAUCGGGCCUCUUCUGGCCGGAUUUGUGGUUGAUUCUCAGGGUUGGCCAACUGCUACUCUUAUUCUGGGCUGUAUCAGUAUCUUCACAGCUGUUCCGACUGCGAUCUGGACGGGCGGCAGCAUCUUCAAGGAGAGGAAACGGGAGCAGCAGGAUGCCCAAAAUUCUGCAAUCGAAAGUGGAUGA